AUGUAUAAACCAGCUCCGCCACGGCCAAAAAAAACCAACAUUUGUCGCUCUCGUACUGGAUGCAAAACGUGCAGGCAAAGACGGAAAAAGUGCGAUGAGCGGAAACCUUGCGGCCUCUGCAUGAGACUCGGGGUAGCCUGUGAACAAAUCUCUCAGACAUUUGAGUUUCGCAGCGUGUUAAUCCCGUCAAGAUCACUCAAGGCUGGACUGCGGUCAUUCACGUCACCGUGUGUGUCAAAUCCGCCGUCAAACACGACUGUUGCUGGGACGUCUAUCAACUUGGCUCCAUUAUCUACGCCACAGCAGAAAACCAGUGAUGUCGUGGAAUUCUACAUGAGUAUUUGGAGGCUUCAUUGUUUACCAGCUUUAAAUACGGCGUUCAAAUCUAUGGAUACUAUUCGCGGCCAAUCGUCGCUCAUUACGGAUACCAUGGCCACCCUUGCAGCCAGUCGCAUGAGUCGGAAACUUCCACAGAGGCGAUUAUUUAUCACAUCUGACUCACCAGAGUUCUGCUUCCGACCAGAUUCUGGCCAUGAAGCUUUCAGCAGCGAGCUCUACGGAUCUGCCUUGCGCAGAAUGUCUUGCUGGAGGUCUGAAAACUUCGCUUCAAACCCAAUGCUGGCCUUUGCCACGCUUGUCCUUUUCUGCUACGUGGAAUCUUCAAUGGGAUACUUUAAAGGAUUCUACGUACAUUCGCACGGGAUAGAAGAACUCCUAAGAAAGUCCGCUGAUCGUAUCUUUCCCCACGGCGCUGGCCUGCUUGCGGCUUGGGUGGAAAUCAAGAUGCAAAAUUGGUGGCGCAGGGCGUAUUUUGGGGUUCCCGAGUUCUUUCAGGACUACCCCACUCCGUUACUUUGUCCAGAAUUGCAAUUUGUUUCGAAUACUGGAAGCGGUCGUACGGCUACUAUCCUUUGGAUCCUUUGCGAAUCGCAUCGUCUCAAUACCGCCGCUCUUAUUGCAUGCUGGGCAAGACCAGGAAAAAGUCGUCAAAUGAGAGAAAAGACAGUUUCAACAUUUGUAGACAAUGCUGCUCCAACAUCCGAACAGCCAUCUAUCUCUAGUGAGAUUAUGGCCAGAAUUAAGAGGUACUCCCAGAAGCUGGAUGAGUGGCGCGCGUACGUCCCAAGUUUGAUAGAGAUUGAGGCAAAUCUCAAUCGUCCGAAACUUUUCGACUUAAAAGCCCCCGAAGAUGAAGCCUUAUAUUUUCCAUCUCAUCAAUCAGCCAUGAACAUGGCUUACUACGUUGUGGCCCGCGUCAUGCAUUGCGCAGGACCGCUACAGACCUUUGCCAGUGCGUCUGUGCAUAAUAUUGAUGAUGAGUAUGAAGAAAUCGAGGCUUGGAUCUUCGUCUUGCUGCGCAUUGCCGCUGGAAUCAGCUGGGAGGACUGCGUCUGUCUCAAUGCCUACACCAUCGGGUUUGCUGGGCUAUUAUUGACAUGUGCCCUCUCUUCUCGAAGCCUUAAAACUGGACUUUGGAUCCAGGAGUGGUUGGAAACGCGUCUGGGUCGGGACGGGAUUGAAGAGGGAAACUUUCCUGUCUUUCAAAUUCUAGAUGCGGUGCGACUUGUCAACCGCGAACGCAGAAAUGGCCUAGACGUUGUCGCACUGUUUCAAACGGUGGAUGAUGGGGGUGGUAAGGGUAAGUUUGGCUCCUAUUCCAGUCAGUUGAUCUCGUCAAUGUUGGUUUACGGCCGGUGUAGAAGUACGGGAGAGCUGGCUUCAUACCAUGUCUCCACGGAGGGUUUGGUUGCGCCUAGAUAA